ACUGACACAAAAUAACGGAGGCAUAUUUGAGCACUUUUUGUCCGACACUCUUCACAGUAUAAACGUCGGAUGAUGACAAAAAGUAUGCUGAAAAUUUAUAUCUAAGCUGCAAAGUACUCUAGUAUGCUAUGUUUUCGCAAUUCCAUGCAAUCUUCUAAUCUAGCAAUCUUAAAAUAGCUAAUCAAUUAAUUUUUCACUUUAUUUCAUCUUGAAAUGUUGAAUUUUUUAGAGUAGUUUAUUUUCAAUUUGUAGUGUUAAUCAUUUGUUAUUACCCGUAACACUUUCUUGGUUGUCGGUGAAUAAAUCAAUCUUCUGUCAAUCUUUAAAGUCUUCUUUUUAGAUUCUUUUUGUCUAGCAAGACUAUAGAUUGAAAAAUUGUUCUUGUUUGAAGCUUGUUUCACAUUUACUUUAUCAAAUCAGUUGAUAGAUACAGCACACAAUGAAGAAGGUAAAACCCAAAAGUAUAUAUCGUUUUUGUUAGUUUGCUGCGCUAGUAUGGUCUAUCUUUACUCAUAAACGCCAUAAAAAGCGCAAUCAGUGAACAGCGCCAAUUGCCAUGCACUUACAACAACACAGAGAAACGAAAAUCUUUAUCUGCAAUGGCUAUCAAGUACAGGUGCGAUGCACGGCCCAAACGAGCACGCCGAAGUUUGAAUCCUUUGUUACGGUCUCCCAUUUCCCAUCACGACCCGGUCAGCGAGAGCUGAAAAUGACGCGAAUGGUCAUGCUCAGCGGGACACUGUGCGACUUCAUCCAUCCAGAAUCAUCUCCUCUCGAGUCUAAUUGAAUUCGGCAAAACGCAUACAGAACAACUACCCUAUUGUCUCCGUCUAAUUCCCGCCUUACAGUAAUCUAUUCAAUUUUUCAACUUCCCCAUUUUUAUUGUCGUGUAGAUGAGCGAGUGCCGCAGAGGUCUACAGUCAGCGAGAACAUCAUUUUACCAACACCAGUGGCUUACAAGAUUCAUUGUGCCUAACUGCUGUACCUCUUCGUGCCUUAUUGGAGCUAGUUCGACCUGCCAUCCUCUUCCAUCAAGUAAACAGAAAAGGCAUUGCUUGCUGUCAACGAUAUGAGCGCUUUUACAAUGGAUCUGAAGAGCAAAAUGCAAUAUGGUUUGCAGUCCACGAGUCCAUACAAUACAUACCGUUCAUUCUUUAAUCACCACGACACAGCCAAUCACAUACAGAAUUACCCAUCAUACAUCAGCCAGCCAACGUCAUACUAUCAUCCAGGCUAUCAAACGAUGGCAUCUGACGUGCGAAACCCUCAUGCUACCCUACCAACCAGUGUGUCACUGAACCAGCAACUGCAGAAUGGUCAUUUGGAAAGCCCCCAAAAGGAUGCCAGUCACCUCGUUGUUUCCAAAGAGUUGCAGGAGCUGGAGAGAUUUGCAACUGGCUUUAAAAUGAGGCGUAUCAAACUUGGGUAUACGCAGACAAACGUUGGUGCUGCAUUGGCGAAACUUAGCGAUGGAACAGACUUCAGUCAAACGACCAUUUGUAGAUUUGAAAAUCUGCAGCUAAGUUAUAAGAAUGCUUGUAAGUUGAAGCCGCUGUUAGAAGCUUGGCUAGAAAAGGCAGAAGCUAUGGGUGUUGUUAAUAACGACAAACCAGUUUCUGAGAGAAAAAGAAAGCGGAGGACGACAAUAGGCCUGCAUGCAAAGGAGAUGUUGGAGCGGUACUUUCAAAGGCAACCAAAGCCCUCUUCACUUGAAGUCUUGGGCAUCGCAGAAGCGUUGAAGCUGGACAAAGAGGUCGUUCGAGUUUGGUUUUGCAAUCGAAGGCAACGAGAGAAGAGGAUAAAGACCUCAUUAUUGAGCUUUCAGUUUUUGCCCGUUCGAUCUUAAAUUAUCAUGGUGAAUUCGUUAAGCUACCUUAACAACACAUUUGACUGAUUAUUCUUACAAUGUUUAAUUAAGCAGUGAUGUGGUGAUAAGGUAAUUGUUUUGUAUGCAGAUCCAAGAGUAGGGUUCACAUAAAUGGCUGCCUGGGAAUGGUUUUGAGCAUGGUUCAGCACUGGCUUGCUGCUCAACAAUUUCCUUCUUAAUAGGUUUUUUUCAAGGCAAUCGAUAUAUACUAGCGGGGGCUAACAGAACAUAAUCAGAGCUAUGUACAUUCCUUUGCUCCAAGCAGGCCUUUAAAGAAAAAAUGCAGAAGAUUUUGUCUGUGUUCUUUAACUGCAACACGAAAGCAAAAAGUCAUUUUGAAUAUAUAUUAAUAUAUAUUAUAUACAUUUAUUUACAGAAUCUAACUAAACUAACUGAUAAAGCAAACUAACUAAAAAUUGGUUUGAUUUUUUCAGAGAGAUAAUUGUCAUAGGAUAUCAAUAUACAGCAUGAUUGACUCUUUUGCGUUGAUAUUAUAAUAUGACCAAACAGUUAUAGUUCAUAAAAUUUCAAUGCAUGUAAUGGAUAGCCAACCCAGUGCAGCUCCAUUAAAUACCCGUAGUUCCUAUGGCACAACCCUUGUAAGUCUUGGUGUUAUCAUCGAAACUUCGCUCCUUUGCCUGCAGUUGCACGCAUCUUUGAGAGGAUCAUCUACGUAUAAGAUUCUGUUUCCGAAACGUGUUUGAGUACGAAUCUUUGUAUAUUCAGAUUGCUGAAACGGUUAUAACUGCAUCAGUUUUGGUACACAGCAUAAAAAUGCUUGUAUUAAUAGCUCUUAUUUCUAAUUUAGUCGGUAGCAGUUUUAUCGAGCUAACA